ACACAGUACUACAUUACCCAAUCUGUUCAUUUCCAGAGCCCACACACCAUUCAGAUCAACUGUUUGCUUACAUACCACGUUAAUCAUGGCUGCCGGUAGAGCGAAUUGGCUUGCUGCUGCUGCCAUACUCUCCCUUAUGUUCCUUUCUAACGCUAACAUGAUGAUCAAUGUUGAAGCGGCGGGACGUCGAGGCGGCGGAGGCGGCAGUGCCUGCGGGAAGACACCAAUUAGGGCUGCAGCGGCUAGCCUGAGCCCGUGCUUGAGUGCUGCUCGGAACGCCAGAGCAGCUGUGCCGCCGGCGUGUUGCUCGAAAGUUGGCGGGCUGAUCAAGGCGGCUCCCAAGUGCCUUUGCGCCGUCCUGCUGUCCCCCUUGGCCAAGCAGGCCGGAAUUAAUCCUGGGGUCGCCAUCACCAUCCCCAAACGCUGCAACAUUCGCAACCGCCCCGCCGGGAAGAAGUGUGGAGGCUUCACCCUCCCAUGAGCUAGCACAGCUGGGUGCCUGGGGCUGCCUUGCAUUGGAAGUAAUCAUGGUUGCAUUAUUUCGGAAGUGCCGGCAUUGCUAGUUGCUUGCUGUAGAAGGAAAAGAGUAUCAAAUAAAGGGUUGCCCUUGCAUUAUGAGCCAAUGUUUAGUAUUUAUUUUCCUAUUUGCUGAGUUUUCUCAUGCACCAUCUGCACGUUAACCCAAUCUUUGGGCUCUGUAUCUCCUUUGUUAUGUCAGCUAAUAAUGAUGAUCUUCGUUA